UAGUUGACAGGGGUAAAACCGGAGGCAGGAGGUUACGAUUUUGAGAAACAUAAUUAUUUUCAAGUUUCUCUAUUAAAAUGGAAGAACCACCUAUGGAAAUUGAUGAAGCUAUUAAUGAUGAGGAAAUUGAGCAUACUGAUAAUAUAGAAAAAGUGGCCGAAAAUGCAGAAGUUAACGAAGAAAAUGAUUACGUUUAUCCCAGUUUAUUUACUAGUAAAACUCUGUUAGAACUAUCAAAUUCUACUUGGUCGCGCUCAAAGAAAGCGAGAGGUGAUGUACAGCCGUACUUACGUGGAUGCAAAUGGUCUCCAGACGGUACUUGCUGUCUGGCGGUAGUAAACAACGAUGGUGUGCAUGUGACGGAGUUGUCUAGGGAUCUGUACUCUGGAAAUGUGUCCACAGACAGAAGUAUAGAUGUCAUGGACUCAGUGAUACAUGUGAAGGAGUCUGGCUUAAUUUAUGACUUCUGCUGGUAUCCGGGUAUGAAUAGUUCAGUGCCAGAAUCCUGUUGUUGGUUAACAACGAAGCAGAAUUCACCAAUACAAAUGUGGGAUGCCUUUGAUGGUUCACUGCGGUGUUCCUACAGAGGGUUUAAUGCUGUUGAUGAGGUGGAGCCGGCUAUCUCUGUAACAUUCACACCUGAUGGAAGACAAAUCAUUGCUGGCUACAGGAAAUGUCUGAGGACUUUUGAUGUGGAUAGGCCUGGCAGAGACUAUUUGGAACACAGCCUUGCAAACUCAGCUUCAUGUAUUGACACAAAUGGAAAUCUAGUUGCAGUUGGAUCCUGGAAUACAAGCAUUAGUUUAUACAAUAUUAAUGAAAUGGGUGCAUACAAGAGUAUAGGAAAAAUGCAUGGUCAUGGAGGUGGUGUGACUCAAGUUAAAUUUGCAGCAGAUGGACUACAUCUCGUGUCUGGUGCUCGCAAAGACCACAGACUACUAGUAUGGGAUAUUAGAUACUAUCGUAGACCACUCAACGUCCUAACCCGACAAGUUGACACAAACCAAAGAAUUCAAUUCGAUAUAUCCCCUUGCGGAAAGUACUUGGUGUCAGGAGGCACUGAUGGGAUUAUCAAAGUAUGGGACGAAAACCAAGUGAAAUGGAAGACCAGUUUAGAUUGUACUGAUGUUACUAAGGAUAAUGUUACUUAUAAGUUCCCACUACACAGAGAUAGCUGCAACAGCGUCUCAAUACAUCCACUUCGACCAAUCAUAGCUACUGGUUCGGGCCAGCACCACUUAAUAAAUCCAAUCACGGAGGACAAUGAUGAAAGUAAUUGUGAUGAUAAAGAGCAGUCUGAAACAAAGGAUAUGAAGUAUUCAGAAGUUACUGAGAAUUGUUUAGUUUUCUGGUGGAUCGGUGAAGUGCCAGAUCUAACGUAAGUGUUUAAGUAAAACUUGAAAAAAAGGUUUGUUAUAAUGUGAUAUUAAAUAUGUACCAUCGAGUA